AGGGAAUAUAUGAAGGAGGAGGUGGAGGUGUCCGCUGAAGAUGAGGCGACUGAAUCGGAAGAAGACCUUGAAUUUGGUGAAAGAAUUGGAUGCCUUUCCAAAGGUUCCUGAAAGCUAUGUGGAAACUUCAGCGAGUGGAGGCACAGUUUCUCUGAUAGCAUUUACGACGAUAGCUUUCCUGACUGUAAUGGAGUUCAUGGUGUAUCGGGACACAUGGAUGAAAUAUGAAUAUGAAGUAGACAAGGAUUUUACGAGUAAGUUAAGAAUCAAUAUUGAUAUUACAGUUGCCAUGAGGUGUCAAUAUGUGGGGGCUGAUGUUCUGGAUUUAGCAGAAACAAUGGUUGCCUCUGCAGAUGGGCUGAUCUAUGAACCAGUAGUAUUUGAUCUCAGCCCACAACAAAAAGAAUGGCAAAGGAUGCUGCAGCUAAUUCAGAGUAGGCUGCAGGAAGAACACUCUCUUCAAGAUGUGAUAUUCAAAAGUGCUUUUAAAAGUGCUUCUACAGCACUGCCACCACGGGAAGAUAAUUCAUUACAGUCUCCAGAUGCAUGCAGAAUUCAUGGCCAUCUCUACGUCAAUAAAGUGGCAGGGAAUUUUCACAUAACAGUGGGCAAGGCAAUACCACACCCUCGAGGCCAUGCACACUUGGCAGCCCUUGUAAGCCAUGAGUCCUAUAACUUCUCUCAUAGAAUAGAUCAUUUGUCAUUUGGAGAGCUUAUUCCAGGAAUUAUUAAUCCUUUGGAUGGAACAGAAAAAAUAGCUUCAGAUCACAACCAGAUGUUCCAAUAUUUUAUCACAGUUGUGCCAACCAAACUCCACACGCAUAAAAUUUCAGCAGAAACGCAUCAAUUUUCAGUGACAGAAAGGGAAAGAGUAAUUAACCACGCAGCUGGCAGCCACGGGGUGUCAGGAAUAUUCAUGAAAUACGACAUCAGUUCACUGAUGGUGACGGUGACAGAAGAACACAUGCCUUUUUGGCAGUUCUUAGUGAGGCUCUGUGGCAUUAUUGGGGGAAUUUUUUCAACUACAGGAAUUUUACAUGGUUUUGGAAGAUUUGUAGUAGAAGUUAUUUUUUGCCGUUUCAGACUGGGCUCUUACAAAUCCACAUCGGUCCCACUUCCUGAUGGCCACACAAGCAACCAUUUACCUCUAAUUACAGACAAUAGUACGCAUUAGCCUCCUGAGGAAACUUUCUUUCUUCCUGCCUGAUACAGAAGACAAUUUUUUAUAAUAAAGGAAACUUUGUGCAAUAUGCUGUGACAGUGCUGACGGGCAGCAAACAGUGAAGCCUUUACAGAAAAAAAGAACAUCUGAACAAAAAAAAACCAACAAAACAAUUUAUGUAAUUUUUUUUUCUUUCUAAGUGCACGUGGAGUCAUAGGAGGUUGUGAGACGAGUGAGGUGGACC